AUGGGACUGGAGAGAGCCGAGAUCGUCAAUGACCGAGUCGGCGAGGGAGAUCAAUUGGUCUGGAAGCGCCUCGAGGGCGAGAACGCGGGAUGGGAGGCGAAAAAGCGAAAUCACCGAAGGGACAUCGAAGCACCCAACCACCUCGACAACAACGUUGAAGGGGAGGAAUUGGGCAAGUGGAGGAUUGGAUCCAAGGAACCAGACGCGAGAAAGGAAAAAAGAUGGGGAGAGAGGAAGAGAGGAAAAGGAGGAACGAGCGUCGAGGAGAGCGGAAGAGGCAGCAGCCCGAAAAGGACACGGUCGAAGGCUGUGAAAGAUUGCGUAGUCAGCAGCCGUAUUUACCGUCCGUUACGGUUUUGUGCGGUAGUCGGGCGUGGCCUCUGCCAUGUAAGGGUGAAAUAUACCGGUGGCGCAAAGACGUCGAAUGACUGGCGCGGGGAAGAUCUGACGGCAACCGCCCCUGACGAUGGCGCCGUCAGCUGCUCUGAGCGGCAUGGCUGGAAAAUAGCCAAGUACAAGAAUUUUUCGCCGCAAAAUAAUCGUUCUCUCACAAUACCGUCUGCUGAGCUGGAGAAGAUGGAUUUCAAGAAGAAUCCGGGCCAGUGGUCAUUCUUCUACCGGUCGAUCAUCGAAGAUCCUCAAACAGGGGACUUGCGAGUCUCGGGGAUUUUCCCGGGUGCUACCACGAGGAUGGACGAUGAGGCAGGGCGCCCACCUACCGAUUAUUACUCGGCACAGAUCCACGGCAAGGUGAUUCGCAACGAUGACCAGAAUUCGGUCUUCCAUAUGGUAAACCUCUACAAACCGGACUGGAAUCGCGAACAUGGCCAGCUUGUUGGCUAUCCCAUCCACUCGGAUUGUUGGCUGCUGCUCGAUCGCGUCAUUGGACACGACGUCAUAAAAAGAAACCUUCGUCUCUUCGUUAAAGCCGUGGAAGUGUUCUGGUCGAUACACAGAAGGAACUGGGAGUAUGCGUUCUCUCGUAUCCCACGGGAUGAUCAACGUGGUGAGCGGGACAGCUGGGUGGAUUUGUGGCCUGAUAAUAGUUUUUACCAACAUACAUAUUGCUCUCUUUCACUUUGGAGUACCGGAAAGACCACGCAAAACCCGGGAAGCCCCUACCAAAUCCCAGACAUAGACCGACUGAUUGCGAGAGUGACACGCGUACAAGACAGCCGGAUGGGAGGUUUAUCCCAGCCGCGACGGUCCACUCUCCCUGCAUUGCCUCCGGAGAUUAAGAUAAUGAUUGUCGACACUAUAUAUAACACUCGUCCUCUUUCUCGAGACAGGACUCAAGAUGUGCGAAAUACGCUGGAGGCCUUUGGAUGGAAACUGCCGGACUCCUUCUGGCAGAACUAAUGCAACCCUGGGCUGGUCUUUGAACUAGCCGAGUGGAUGAUAAAGGGAUCCAUGUUGACUGGGCUGAGAUCUGCUUCGGUCUGGAAGAGUUGCCCUUGACGGAUGGCAGAUACUGGUAUGGGAUUAGUGGAUUGGAAAAUCGUGCUCGAACAUUGCUAGUGAUGAGACUUAUCAAAAAGGAGGUUGAGAGGUCAGUGGAAUGAUAUAAUGUAAAUGAGUCGGGUUUG